AUGAACAUUGAUACCUUGUCACAGAUCCGACUAUCUGUAAUACCCAUUGGGAUAGUCAUAGGGUUAGGAUACCUCAAUUUUGCAUUGAAUUAUUCAUUAGGAUACCAAGAAAUUUAUGUCCAUCAUUCACAUGGGGUUGCUAUAACACUUUGGUGCUUAUCGGGGCUUUGCCAAGUUGUACUAUUUGUCUACUGGGUGCUAAUUCUAUACAUCGGUCCUGGUAAAUCGCCACAGUUACCCUUAUUCGACAUAUACCAAGAAGGAAACAAGGAUCUUUUACCGUUGCCUGAUUUAUUCUUUUGUGAUGAAUUUGGGUUCCCUUAUUACGAUUCCAAGUCCCAGUCUUUACGAAUUGAGAGAUCAUUCUACUCCAAAUAUGUAGGGUACAAUGUAUUGAAAUUUGAUCAUUUCUGUCUAUGGAUUGGGAGCAGUAUUGGAUUGACAAAUUAUUUAUUCUUUUUGAAAUUUUGCAUUGCAUUUUUGAGCUUUUUUGCCAUUAUGUUGGUUUAUGUGAGCCGAUACACGAGGCUGUCAAUCAAUCGUGGUGAAAUAAAUCACAAUUUCAUUUUGUUGUAUAUAAUGAGUGGAUUUUGGAUAUUGUGUAUUGGUGCACUUUUCACAUCACAUGUGCUUUAUGUUUGUCGAGAUAUGACAACAUUGGAUGAUAUAACCAUAAAGCAAAAGGUCCGCUAUCAAAGGUGGAAAAGUCGACAGAGGAAUGACGAUGGGAAAACUGGCGGGGCACUUAAUUGCUUAGCGCCAAAGUCGCCCAGAAAGGAGAACGGUAAGCGAUAUGUUAAUGUGAAAAAAGACGACCUCAGACUAGUGGUUGAGUAUGAUGUUACAGAAUGCCCUUUCAAUAUGGGUUGGAAAAGCAAUUGGAUCAAUCUUGUGCUUAAUGGAAAUAUGGCUCGAGAAAGGAGUGAGCAAUACUAUACCACUGCUAGGUUUAUAAAAGCAAUUAUUGUCUUGGUUAUACCGUUUGCGGAAAGUCCAUUUGAGCUACGUCGAAGGAAAGGUUAUUUGGAUUUGGAGAAUAGUUUGACUGGGAUAGAAAGAAAGAUUGCCGAGUUUAACUUCUAUUCCAAUGAUAUUAGUCCAGCAUUUAGAAAAAUGAUAGAUGAAAAGAUCGCCAGAAAAGAGUGUUAUAUUCCCAGCUACUUUGUAGCAAACACUGAAUCAAGGUAA